GGGGCCAGAAGAGGCAUGGGCGUGGCUUGGAACCCUCCCGGGACUACACUUCCCGGCGUGCUUUGCGGGAGGGGCGCGGUCAUCCGGCGGCCGUCCGAGACGAGGCUGGUGGCGAGCGGAGUUCCCCCGCAGCCUGCGCUCUCCAUGUCCGCCGCCAGCUGUUGCCGACACCCCCUGCCGCAGGGGCAGACGCUGAGCAGGGACAUCCCCGCACCUGCCAAGCGGCUGAGCCUCCCCGAUGGGGUCCCGCUCCCUCCCGGAGAUUACAGCACCACGCCCGGCGGGAGCGUCUUCGGGACUACGCCGGGGGGUACGCGAUUCAUUUAUGACCGUAAAUUUUUAAUGGAGUGUCGCAAUUCUCCACUUGCCAGAACACCACCGUGUGAUCUUCCUGACAUUCCGGGCGUCACAAGUCCAAGUGCAAAGGAACUCAGGUCUGAGACCAAUCAUGCCCACAACGAGGAGGAGAAACUGGGCAUAGGUGAGGAAGCACAAUUUGACAUGGAUAUCUAAAACUCCGGUCCUGAGAAUGAGUGGGGAGGUUUCCUCCACUGAAGACACAGAAUCCGCAGUGCUUCCAAAACAAGUGAGACUUGUAGAAUAGUCCACGCCUUGCAAAGCUUUCCGAGUCGGAAGGUCCACUCAUUUUUAUUUUUUAACGCGGAGGAGGGGAAGACGAUUUCCUAUUGCAUAAGGGCUGAAAAUGGUGACAGAUUUCGCUGUAUGUGAGGGCGGUGCUGCCAACGAUGGCCGUCAGCACGAGAGAGUGGAAUGCUUUAACUUCUGUGUCUUGAAUCCCUGUGCCUUUCCAUUGCUCUGACAGCAAGGGUCUGGAUGUAAGGAGGGAAAUAAAAAUCAUGCUGGGUGCAGAUGA